CUGUUACUAACCGUCCAUAUUUCAAUAUUCUGGGAGAUUUUUGGAAUUCCGGCACAUUUUCUGUAAGAAAUGAGAAUGAGCCAAUGAAAUUACGUAUGAGCGGAGCCGAAUUCCGAAAUACUGGAAAGGUCGAUUUCACUUCGUUUUCACGAUUUGGCGAGUCUAGCUAUGUAAUCUUUGCCAGAAAAGGGUUUUGGAAUGAAGGUGAAAUAGCAUUUGGUAUCUGCACAAAUCAGACUCAGAGCAUUCCUUUUGUUGUUGCCUCUUUUGGGUUAUGGAUUAACAGAGGAAAAAUGAUUUUUCAAAAGGGCAUUGGCUCUAUGACAGAGUUAUACAUCGUUGGAAAGUCUGCCGGAAAUGAUUUCUUGGCCAUCACAAAUAACGGAUCCAUUUGCUUGUAUAACACUCAUUGGAACACAAAUAUGGAUAUUAAAGGACACGGCUGUGUUGCAGUGGGGUCUGAUUCAAGACUUGAGAUUAGUUUUGCAAGAGGUGAAAAUGCUGUUCAAAACACCCAGACUAUCUACUUAGAAUCACCUGCUUCAGUAUUGGCCAUAUCUGGCUUGACAUCCUUGCUGACUCCUCCAUUCAUAAAUAUUGCUGGAUUUGGCCAACACAAUUGGAUUGACUUGGAUAUUGAGUUUAACAAUCUGACCACGGAGUAUGAUUAUUUUGGGCAUUCAGGCUUGUUGGUGAUAAAACUGUCUAAAAGGCAAGUGGUUCAGAUACAAAUAGGAGAAAGCUACGAUUUGAGGUAUUUGAAAUUGACAAGUGGACCGGCGGGCAGCAGAUUAGUAUACGAACUCCCUAGCCCAAACACACCACCUAGUGCAUGUUCAUGCAAACCAAUAUGUUAGAGCUAUGGAGAAACUAGUAGUUCUUCUUAUGCUGCUACCUUUGGAACUGGAAGAAAGUGAAAUUGAAAAUUUUAGUUCAAUCAGGUAAUGAUUGAGUAAGGAUAUUUCUGGUUUAUAUAAGGGCAGUGAAAUUGGGGCUUUUUAAAAGAAAAAACUGCUUAUCAUCUUUCAAGAAGCAUCAAAUAUCUGUUUUGGUUUUUUUCUAUGUUUUGUUCAAUGCCUUCCAGGGGUCUUUGUUAAAUAUGAUAAGUAUCAUAGGCCACCUCGCUGAUUAUCUUCAGAAAUCGGA